AUGGAGGAGAAAACCGACGAUGCACCAUUGAGUCCCACGAGUGGCACAUUUGAAUCUCUCCAGUCGCAUUCGAACAGUAUACGGCGCACCCGUCCGCCCAACAUCAUCGUUGCCGACGAGAAUAGAGUACCGUUGCGUGCAGAAUUACACUCUGGAAAGCUUGCUAAGCGGGAGUCGAGAGUUGGACUGCGAAGCAUUUUCGGUAGAUCCAAGUCUGCCAAAGACAGUGACAAUAACGAGCUGGACAUACCCGCACCGCUGAGGGAACACUCAAGAUCGGGAGGCAUUCGAGCUUCAAUCGUAGGCAAUUGGCCAUAUUCCCGCUCUGACUUAUCUUUGGCGAGUCCGCUGCCACCUUCAUCUUCGCGAUCUACAUCCUCAGCCGGACUUCAAAGUCAACCGUCCAACACCCGCUUACGGCAAUUCAGCGGCGGCAAGAGCAGCCCAUUACCAGCACCCCUUCACUCAACACCUGGUGUCUGGACUCCAUCGCCAUUGUUUCAAGUAUAUCCGCAAGCUGUCAAGCAUGCUACUUUACCAGCAUGCACCGCAUCAGUCGACAUGCUUUCCAAACUCAAUGCCAACCGCAAUAGUCCACUAUUGCAAGACGACAUAGCGGCAGAUGGGGCCGGAGAGAAAAAGGAAGAGAAGGGCAGGAGACUCCAUCAACGAAAUGGAGGAUCUCGGAGCAUCUUGGACUGGACGACCAAGAUUUAUACCCUUGUCACUUCGGGUUACCUGCUUCAAUAUGCGGCCGAGGGCUCGUAUGAUCGGCUACCGGAACGGAUCCUGCGCCUAAGCAAAGAUUCCGCUGCUUUCGCAAGCGAUCUCAUCCCAGGGCGACACUGGGUUAUCCAGAUCGUAUCAUAUAUGGACGGUAUGCGAUCUCCCGUCCCAGAAUCGAGAUCAUUCAUUUCCAAAUUAGCGCUCCGGGGCCCGGAAAAGAAGAGCGUAUCUACGAUGCUAUUGGUCGUCGAGAGUGCCGAGGAGAUGGACAACUGGCUGGCGGUGCUGCGACGAGAAAUCGAAGAUCUGGGAGGCAAAAAGCAACUGACCGAGACCGGAGAGGUCAAAAAGGGCGCAGCACCUGGGGAGCUCAAGGAAAAACACAGCCAAAGGACAAUUGUGGUUCGUGAUCCUGAGCGUUUCUCAACCAUGAUACAGCAAGACUUCUCGUGGUCUAACGACCAGGCGCUAAAAGAAAAUGGUCAUGAGCCGCCAGGAAUGCCACCCUCGGAACUCAGCCCAGAAUUCUCCAUGGACGAUAUAUCGACUUCUGAUAGCCACUACUCAUCUGAUGGGCAACGCCUCGAAAGCCUGCGUGACAGUCGCGACAGCAACAAUCGCUUCUCUUAUAUCUCAUCUGAACAGCGAACCUUUGUGACUUCCGCUAAUUCAUCACCUGCUUGCUCCCCCACCCGUGCUAGCUUCUCGAGCCACCCGGACGAAUCCAAGCAAUCGCGCCCGUCCCACGAAAGCCCGGCAGAAGUCAGGUUACGGCCCAAUGCCCGGGAUAUCUCGAUACGGAGGCAAUCCAUGCAGACGGUGAUGUCCGGCUUUGACGUUCGCUCACCGGAGGGUAGCUCGCGCCCACAGUCAACCAUAUCGACGGGAACGGAUAACAGUGACGCUCAUCACAACUCCUCUCGACAAAGCAUUCCAAACUUCAGUAAAAGAUUCCCGGCCUUGAGACCUACAUCCUCUGAUUCUACAUACGAAGAAGUAACUGCACCGACACCUGUAGUUGUAGAGCCCGAACCUGUUGCGAAGUCGUCCCGGAAACCACCGCCCACCGCACUUGCAAUGUCCCGACCUCUGUCUACAGUUAUGGACAUGCCAACACCAGCACUUCCACUUUCCCCCAAAGCUUCGCAGAACAUGGGCGGCAUGCAACAUAAGCAGGUUCCCACGGUGGCUCCAGACUCACAUUCAACAGCAUCGUCUCGGACGCGGGUUGGGGUCGAACCGCAGCACAGGAAUACGCUUGGCCCAGUUGAAUCACGCGUAUCAGCCAAUCGUUUAUCAUCGUCUCAUAUCACUGAGUCCAAAACGGUCCCUCGUCGCUUUGUCAGUAUGACGAGCUUGCGAGCACCAAUUCGAGACUCAGCUGAACUGGCAACCGGCACCCCUAAAUCCGUCCUUUCGGGUGCCGUCGCAGCACGAAAAGCACAGUUUGAAGCCGCGUCGAAUUCCAAUCAAGAACUAUUCAGGUCCUCGUCCUCAAUGGGAACCUACAGGCCCAAUAGGAAGCCAUCGACUACCUCCGUCUCCAAAGCCCCUUCAUAUAAAAGAUAUUCAUUUACUCAUGCUGGUGAACCAGCACACCAAAGACGCGAAAUGGCCCCAUCCGUUCAGAAACCGUCUUUGCCCUCCUCGCCUUCGAACCAUUUCUUGAGUGUCGACAUCGGAGCCAAGAGCUUGGCCGGCCGAAAAAGCAUGCCUCAGCUAGCAGAGGGACCACCGUUGGCACCGCCUCCAACUCGGGCUUUACCACCAAUACCCCAAAAACAAUAA